AUGAUAGGACAAAGAUGUGGUACCCUCUACACCCUAUUAGGGACUACUAUUUCUAGUUCAAUCGCUACAACAUCUACCUCAAUGACAGAAGAAGAUGUCACCAAAUUGUGGCAUAUGAGGUUGGGACAUAUGAGCGAGAAAGGAAUAGAUCUAUUAAGCAAAAGAGGCUUGCUUUGUGGGCAAAGUAUCAGCAAGGUUGAAUUUUGUGAGCAUUGCAUUUUAGGUAAGCAUAAAAGAGUUAGCUUCCAAAUGGCAACUCACAAGACCAAAGGUACUCUUGAUUAUAUCCACUCAAAUCUUUGA